CAAAUAAAAAUUUCAGGGUUAAAUAAAGUUAGGAUUAUUCUGGUUUGUUAGACCUAAAAAGUAAAUAUAAACUGAAUGAUCUGACAUUAUAAGAGGCUGCUUAAAUAGGCCUCUGCUAUAUGACAUAUUUGUGUAGGUCUUCUUGAAGCAAAACUUGGGGAUCUUAAUUGUUAGCUAGCAGAAUUAGUCGAUCAUUACAUCAAUUAAGAUUAUAUCCGGAAGCUUAUUGCAUUUUAUUAUUACGUUUUCUUUACAUUGUCUUUCCCUCAUGAAUUUUCUACAAACCUUAAGAGCAGUGUCUGUCUAGAUAAGAACGUUUCUUUUACCAGACUUCAAUAACUUCAUGAUUCUCUUUUCAAUCAUACAAAGAGUUUUCCUUUCUUUUACUGAAGUCUCGGCAUGCCACCUAGGUUAUGAUAUUCAAUUAUAUUCCUCGCAACGAGCCUAGCAGAGUAACAAAACUAUAGAAAAUUAAUAAAAACAAACAAGAAUAAAAAUAAAUACAACAAAUAAGUUUUUACAAUUAAAUAAAUUAGAAAAAAGUACAAUAUAAUAUUAUAAUAAAUAUCAGCGAUACGAAAUGAUUCAUUGUCAAAUCUGGAUCCAUUUUUCUUUUCAGGGCGUACAGUACAGAGUAAAAUAAAAAGAUAAACCAAACGUAAACUAGCAACCACUCCCAUCCCAUCCAAAGAAUGCAACUUUUGUGCGGCAGUUGUGGUGUUUUAAGGAUUCAACCUUGAUUAAUGAUGUAUUUUAGCUCAUGAACAUGAACGUCAUAAUCAACUAUUCGUUAACAUGAACCUUUAACUUACUUUCUGUGCCUACCAUUUCGUUAUUAUGCACAACACCACCGAGAUUCCACCGGUACCUCGGUGCUUCAGUCACCUUGUGGUUUCCGCGGAUGGGGAGGAGCACCCUAUUAGCCACUCCUCCUCCCCAAGCAGUAGUCCCAAGUCUGCUCACAGUUAUCUUAACGUUCCGUCGUCCAAUAUACUUUCCAGAAGUACACAUGAUGAUACGAACGUUUCUGUUCCAAAGCAUCUGGGAUGUCUUGUCACCCCUCCUGGCAGCAAAAAUGACCCAUCAAAUUGUGCCACCACCAGCUUUCAAGAACCUGAUGGGACAUUUUCAAAUGAUCUGAGAUCGUCACUUUCCAGACUACAGCUUGUGAGCAGAGAUUUUGAUGAAGACAGCGGUAGUUUACAAAUGCAAGGCGAUGGGCCAAAGUCAUAUGCAACUUCUCCUGACCUUCAUAGGAAACCAGAAAUGUUGGAGGAACUGGCUAACGAGUCCAUUCCUUCUUUGAACUUGAGGACACGACAUACAGAAACGAACGACCCGAAGAGCCCUUUCGUGAAAUUAAAUUCUUCACUUGUGAAACUACAAGAAGAGAUGAAAAGCCUCCGUUACAUAGACAUUACUCUGUUCUACCAACUGGUGUCUUUGCAUGAAGCCAUUCAAGACUUCAAGCUGAACAUGACAGAUCGGUUCUCGGAGACAGGGUCAGAGUACUCCCUGGGAACAGCCAGCUACAUGGGUUCGAUGUCCAGCCUCAAUGAGAGUGACUGGACGGAGGAUGGGAUGACCCACGACGAUGCGGAUGUGGAUACCAGCACCGAGGACAACAGGAAGAGCGCGUCCAGCUUGCUACAACAGAUCACAGAUCUGGCCAUGCGGGCCGACAAGGACUUCUGAGCAACAAACGCAUGCGCGCAUAAUUUGUUAUAUCGGACAACAACAGAUUUGUUUUCCAGCGUAAUGAACUGGGGUUUUUUUUUUCUCGUGUGUGUAUAGUUUUUAUAUAUCAAGAUAUUAGGCUUUUAGGCCCUUAAUGGUUCUGAUCUUUCAUUUUUUUUUUCUUAUUUUGUAUUUUUUAACAUAUGCAUCCUAUGGUGGAUUUGAAUGACUCUGAUAUGCAGUGCAUAGAUUGUUGGAGCUGGACCUGUUUCUUGACUGAAUAUGAAUUAUGUGAUUGUGAGGGCAUUUAACUCAGUCAGUUUUUUUCACUCCAGGACCUCCCAAUUUGUCUUAUAAUGUUUGUUUUUUUCCCUUUUCUAAUUAAUUAAAAAUCUCUAUGACAAAUUUUGCAAGACAAAAUAAUUUAUAACUCCUUUGCUGUCUUUUAGUUCCAGGGUAUUUUGACCUUUUUGUUGUCUAAAUAAUUUUGUUAUGUAGAAACACAAGUGGUUCUCGUUUUGUGAUGCUGCUAUGUGAGGUUUUUUUUUGGCAAAUACGAGUCUGUUGAAAUAGAACCAUGGGGUAUUAGGUGUCCUGCAUAAUAUAGCAACUGUGUAAAGUUACUUUAGUGUAUACAGAAGUAAAUCUUUAACCCUUUGAACCCGAAAUCCCACUAAAGCGGGACAGCUCUAAUUUCCCUAUGCUCUGAGGUCCCACUUUAGAGGGAUGGACAACAACCCUUUUCGUUUGUUCUGUUUCUGUUCAAAUGAGAACAGAAUAUUUAAGCUAUUUAGUUAGUUUGGGAUUGAAGCGGGAAAUUAUGGAGCGUCUGUAUUAUGAAGUUUGAACAAAAGAAGUGUGUUUGAAGCUGUUUAUGAAAUGUUUGAUCAGCUGAUCAGCGACAACCAUCAACAUAAGGGUCAGGAGCUGAGGGUUCAAAGGUUAAAAUAUGUAUAUAUAUAUACUAUACAUCUAUAGACUUUCCUCUGAAGAAUGAUUAGAUUAGUUAGACAUCUGAGUGAAACGAGAAUGGAAGGUGGAAUAGUUAGGACAAAAAUCUGUUCGCACUAUUCAGUUGAAGCUGUUGAUCAUACUAAAUGUUAUUACUGAUCCUUUCCUUCAUUUUACGGAAUGGAAUUUGGAAUUUUUUCAUAUUAUCUGCCAAAAUUUUUUUAAGUUAAAGGAAUUUUUUUCACAUAUUAUCGUAAUUAACAUGUAACAGUAUUUUUGAAGGAAUGAUUUUCAUUGUUUAGUAUCAGAACACAGAACUGUUUGUAUGCAAAAAUAUUCUUUCAGUUACUUCAUAUCCGUUUCUGCGGCAUAACAUAAUUUGUUCUCAUCAGACAAACAUCAUGAACUGGGACCAUUGUUGUGCUGUUAUUUGUGGAGACUGAUACGUUCCUCUUCUUUAUUUUCAGUCCAUUUCAUUUUCAUCUAUAGCAUGCGUUAGAUACAACGAUAAUGAGUAUUUUUUUCACUUGUGAUGUUACAAAAAUGUGUAGAAAUAUUCUGACGGAAAUAUUUUGUUGUGAAUGAAGUUUUUUUGUUUUUUUUCAGAAAUUAGCUCAACCAUAAUUGUUCAUUGUCUGACCCUUAUGUUUUGGUCGCAGAAUAAUACUUCCCCUUAGUUUGUGAUGAUGAUCUAUGUAUAAAUUUGGAACAAAAUCGUCUUACCUGGUGUUCUUGAAUACAUGUAUAAAUUGCGCUUUAUUUUUUUGUUUUCUUUUAUAGGGUCUCCGUAAUGCUAAAAAGAAGACGGUUAAAUUUACCGGUGUACUUUAAAAAAAAAAGAAUUUACAAAACAGUAUGGGGAAAGCUGCUUUGUAUCUUUACACUCUACUGCCAGAAAUUUUUCCAGUACUUAUGAUUGCUCACGCUUUGCCCAUGAUUUAUUCGUGAUGAUGGAUUCUUGCUGUUUGUGUCCCUGUGUUCAGUUCUUCCUGAUCAGGUAGCAGUUACCUGUAGUUGAGGUGUUAUGUUUAUAAUUUACACCCUGAUUAUGUUCAUUAUGAAUUUAUUUUAUAAACCAUAUAUAUAUAUAUAUAUAUAUAUAUAUAUAUAUCAGUAUUGGUUCACACUGUCCAAUUCCAUGUAGCUAGAUGCAGCUUAGAUAACCCUGCACAAAUUAGAAAUUUGUUGAGCAUUCCAAUAUAUCAGGUAGAACACAGUGUUAGUGAAUAUAUAUAUAUAACUUUUUAAAGAUGUUUAUUUUAUCAAACUUUCUUUAGAGUCCUUUUAUCAUCAUUUCCACUAAAGCGUCUGAUUUUAAUUUUGUUGUGGUUGUUAUUUUGAUUUUGUUUUGCCUUUUUAAAAUCUGUUUGUUGACAUGCAGCAUUUGAGAUAAUUUGCUUCAGUCUUCCAGGAUCAGCAAUUUGAAGUAGCUCUUGCUUUU